ACCAAAAGUACUUUCUGGUUUAUACACGAUUUCUCGAGAACUCUCGGUUUGUUACCAGAAUUCUUCCAUUUUAUACCCUCUCCAGUAAUCCAACCGGAACUCGAUUUUGGGAGUCCAUUUAUCCUCUAACAAACUUUGCUUUUUGAUUCAAAUCUUUCUUUCUCUGUUUUUCUUGUAUUUGGCGUUUCAGAAAUGUGGAAUCAUCAGCGGAAGUAUGAUGUCGAGGGCGGAGCAACACCUCUGUAUCCCACGAUGUUGGAGAGUCCACAGCUCCGAUGGGCUUUCAUUCGGAAGAUUUACUCUAUUAUUACCAUACAACUGCUCGCCACCGUUGCCGUUGCCGCUACUGUUGUUUACGUCCGACCAAUUUCUACUUUCUUUAGCUCAACUGGGGCGGGCUUGGCUUUAUACAUCCUUCUCAUUCUUACACCUUUUAUAACGAUGAUACCACUCUCUUGUUACUAUCAGAGGCAUCCCGUCAAUCUUCUUCUUUUGGGUAUUUUUACCAUAUCUUUUGCGUUCGCGAUUGGGUUGACUUGCGCGUAUACAAGCGGGAAAGUCAUUCUCGAGGCUGCAGCUCUAACUGCUGUGGUUGUGGUGAGUCUCACUCUGUACACAUUUUGGGCUGCCAAAAGAGGCCAUGACUUCAGCUUUCUUGGUCCAUUUCUAUUUGGUGCUCUGAUUGUCCUCCUGAUAUUUGGUCUGAUUCAGGCCUUCUUUCCAAUGGGUCGGGCUUCUGUUAUGGUUUAUGGAUGUCUGGCGUCCAUCAUUUUCUGUGGAUACAUUGUCUACGACACGGACAAUCUCAUAAAAAGAUACUCAUACGAUGAGUACAUAUGGGCAUCCAUUGCCUUGUAUUUAGACAUCAUCAACCUUUUCCUCUCCCUACUGUCAAUCUUCCGAGCAGCUGACAAUUGAAGAGGGUUUUUGGUUUGCUAUGUAGUUAGAUGUUCCCCGGUUUUUCCCCUUGUGAAACAGGAUCAUUAUUAUUAAUAAAUGUCAUGGUAUGCUUCAUAUCUCUCUUCCUCUAUGGUUAAUAGAUCAUUAUAGAAAAAAUCAAAUUGUAAGGUUUCUAUUGCUAGAGACCAGUUGAUGGAUUGAAUCUCACACCAAUUGUAAGUUGUAGCUAAACAUAUAGUAUUCCGAAAUGCACAUACGUCUUACUUGCUUUCUACU